UGCAGUCCUGAAUGAGCCCACAUCCUCCUCUGCCCUCUUCCCAGCCCCCCUCAGGCCACAGGCCUCAUCCCAGAAUCCAGGACAGACGUGCAAUGCAGUUAAACUGCCCCGACAGCCACUCCACACCCAGUCCAAACAACAGCUUCCCAUCACUUUAGACGCUGGGCGGUGCUGGGGAGGCGGCGUCAUUCCUGGGGUAAGGUUGCGGCGGAACUUGGAACUUUUAGGUGGCGGGUGGGAAGGUGGGGUGGGUCUGGGCAGCACAGAGGAGGGAGCUGGUUGGGGGCACUCUCCCUUCCCCAGAGUCAUGGCGCUGGAGAAAGGCCCUCUCCUGCUGCUGGCCCUCGGCCUGGGCCUGGCGGGUGCCCAGAAGGCUCUGGAAGAAGUGCCGGUACAGCCGGACUUUGAUGCGCAGAAGGUGGAGGGGCGCUGGCUCACCCUGCAGCUGGCAGCCAGCCACGCAAACCUGGUCUCUCCGGCCGACCCUCUGAGGCUCGCUCUCCACUCCAUCCAGACCAGGGACGGUGGGGACGUGGACUUCGUGCUGUUCUGGAAGGGAGAAGGGGUGUGUAAAGAAGCAAACAUCACCGUCCAUCCAACCCAGUUGCAAGGCCAGUACCAAGGCUCCUUUGAGGGCGGCAGCAUGCACCUACGCUUCGUCAGCACCGACUACAGCAACCUCAUUCUUUACGUGCGCUUUGAGGAUGACGAGAUCACCAGCCUGUGGGUGCUACUGGCCAGAAGAAUGCAGGAGGACCCCAAAUGGGUGGGAAGAUACUUGGAGUACGUGGAGAAAUUCCACCUACAGAAAGCCCCAGUCUUCAACAUAGAUGGCCCUUGUCCCCCACCCCGAGCCUAGGUCUGGCGGCUCCGGAGUCUUCCUGCCUGGGCCCCUUACCCCUCUGUUGCCCUCAGGCCCCCCUUCCACCUCCUUCACCUUGGUUUGUGGCCUAGACUGCCCCAGCUGCCUGCUGGAAGCCUUUUGCAUCUCAGGGACCCAACGAAGCUCCCCAGCCUGGGGCCCAACCCUGCCUGUCUCCUGGUCCCCUCCCCUGCUGGGAAGGCCUCUUCCUUCUCUGGGUCUCCAGGUCCUACCAACCACCUGCCAACCAACAGCCAAGGGCCAACAGCAUGCCCCAGCCUGGCCUGUGGACUUGGAGCACACCCAGGGUGGUGAGGAGGGGGCACGUAGCCCCCUGAGCUCCUGCCCACAGCACCAGAUGCCUCCAAAACAUAUACAAUGAGUGCAACACUGUAGCCCCAGGCGCCUCCGAUGCACCCCCUGAGAGCUGCUGGGGUGGCCCCCAAGUGUCCUUCAGGAACUUGACCCCAUGGAGGCUGUUCUCAGACUCCAGCUCGUCUCCACUCUGACCCGCCUCACCUGGGUCUGCUGGGGACCCUCUAGAGAGCCGGCCUCCAUGCUCCGUGAGCAAACACAUAUGUCCCUACCGAGGUCCGAGAACCCUGAGUGAGCCCAGCUCCAGACCCUGCUCCCCGUAGGAGUCCAGCGGAGCCGCCAGGUAAACAAGGACGGCUCUACCUGUGUGGCAGGUGAGACUGGCCAACGCCCACUCCUCCGAGCCCAGGAUUCUGAAGGGCAGCACCCGCUUCUGCUCCCGGUGAGCCAGGGCCACCCAUCGGCAGGGCAGGCUCUGAGGAAAUUGGGUCAAGGACUUGAUACUUGUCGUCCUUGGAACUCCCAAGACAGGUAUGGCCAGAGGCUGCCCCGAAAACGCCUCCAGUGAGGCCUUCUCCCCCUUCUCCCCCUUCUCCCGCUUCUCCCCCAUGUGGGAUAAACACAACGGAACGAAACCCAGAGCUGGUGGUGAAGCUGAUGAUGAAGCCCCACGGUUCUCCUGAAAAUCAACAAGCCCGGCUGGAAAAACACAAGGAAAAACGACACUCACAAAGCACACGUGUAACAAGAGGUUUAUGGAAUUUGUAAGAUCAUAAAAAAUAGCUUUUUCUGGGGCCCUAAAAUGACCGGGAUAAAGAGCGACGCGAGAGUGCUGUGUCUGUCUCAGCAUCGCUGAGUUGAUAACCUCAGGUUCACCCACACACUUCAGCAAUUCCAUUACUCUUCCAGUGGGAUUUUCCCCAAACUGCAGAUCUGUAUCUAAAAUUUACAUGAAGGAAUAAAUGUUUGCAAACAUUUUUAAAAGAAGCAUCAUGCAGAUGGCUGUACCAUUCUAUCCUAAUAUCAAACAGCAGUGAUGAGAAGCGUUGUGACAUUAGCUCAGGGCAAAAGAACAGCAAGAAACUGGGUAUCAAGUCAAGGAAUGAACCCGAAUGUAUACAACAACUUCAGAGAUGGUACAAAUGGCCUGUCCUAAAAAAGCAUUAUUUAUUCAAUACAUAGUGUGGAGGGAAAUGGGCAAGACAGAUCGGGGGAAAUGAGAUUGGC